AUGGAGAAUGUCGGCAUCAGCGGUUUUGAUAACGAGAAACCUAACGAGAAUCAACGCCAGAUCAAAGUGAGGCUCGCGGACCUCGGAGCGGUCAGUAGCCCAGGCACCCGAGAGAUUUCCGCCCUGACAUACCGAAGCCCCGAAGUACAUUUCGGAAAGCCAUGGGACCAGAGCACCGACAUCUGGUCGUGGGGCAUUAUUCUCGCGCAACUCCUCCUCGCCCAAGUCGAUUUCAGUUCCCACGGCAUGUACGACUCGAUCGCGGUCGGGUCACUAAACGAGAAAACAAAGGCAGCGCGCGACACCAUGGCCGUCGACUUUGACCUGCACUCUCUUCCCCUAUACGCCGACGACGCCCAAUCCCAAGCGAUGCUCCCGCCUGCUCGGUCCGAGAUGGCGUACAAAUGGGCAGAAGCUAUGAUGGAUAAAGGGAUUUCUCAGGAGGAUAUCCAGUUUUUGGCCAACGCGCUGAAUCCGCUUCCGGAGGCUAGGUUCACGACAGUGGAGAUCUUGGAGAGCGGGUAUCUCGAUAUCUGA